CGAGACCGGGAGCUUUUCGGGGCCGGCGGGGCCCGAGCCGCGCCGAGCCAUGGAGAACUCGGAGCGGAGCGCUCUGCUCACGUACCGCCUGUGCGGCGGCUCGGCCGAGGAGGAACGGGGCCGGGAGCGCGGCCGGGCCGCCACCGCCCCCCGCAAGCUGCCCACAUUCCUGGGCGUUGUGGUGCCCACGCUGCUCUCCAUGUUCAGCGUCGUCCUCUUUCUGCGCCUCGGGUUUGUGGUGGGUCAUGCCGGGUUGUACCAGGCCCUGGCCAUGUUCGCAGUGGCCUAUUUCAUCAUCGGCAUGACGGUGCUGUCUGUGUGUGCCAUCGCCACCAACGGGGCGCUGGAUGCUGGAGGAGCCUACUAUAUGAUCAGCCGUGCCCUGGGCCCGGAGUUCGGGGGCAGCAUUGGAAUCAUGUUUUUUCUGGCCAAUGUGUGUGGCAGUGCCCUCUACGUGCUGGGGCUGGUGGAGGCAGUCGUAGACAGCUUUGGGAUCCCACCUGGGCAAAAAGAGGGCACAGGUGUCCACGUCCUGCCCCAGAGCUACUGGUACGAGCUGCUCUAUGGCACUGUGCUGCUGGCGCUCUGCCUCCUCGUGUGCCUCGUGGGCGCCUCCAUCUACGCCAAGGCCACCUUCCUCAUCUUCCUCAUCGUCGCGGGUGUCCUGGGCACCGUCCUUGUCAGCUUCUUUGCCAAACGGCCCAUCAGGGUGCCCAUCCGCCUGCCCCACCUCAAUGGCUCAGAGAUCGAGAACGGCUCCUUCACUGGCUUCUCCUUCGACACCCUGCAAAAAAACCUGGGAGGUGACUAUGCGGUGGACUACACCACCGGGCAGCAGAUGAGCUUCAGCUCCGUCUUCGCGGUGAUGUUCAACGGCUGCACCGGCAUCAUGGCAGGCUCCAACAUGUCAGGGGACCUGAAGCGCCCAAGCUACUCCAUCCCACGGGGCACCAUCUCCGCUGUGCUCUUCACCUACCUCGUCUACAACCUGCUGGCUUUCCUCAUGUGUGCCACCUGCAACAGGGUCCUCCUGCAGAAAGACUAUGGCUUCUUGCAUGACAUCAGUAUCUUCCCUCCUCUGGUCACCGUGGGCAUCUACGCUGCCACCCUCUCUGCAGCUAUGAGCAACCUCAUCGGGGCAUCCCGCAUCCUGUACGCCCUGGCCCGGGAUGAUCUCUUUGGCCGGGCGCUGGCUCUGGCCAAGAAGACAUCUGCCAGUGGGAACCCAGUGAUGGCGGUGAUCCUCUCCUGGCUGGUGGUGCAGCUGGUGCUCUUCUCUGGGAAGCUCAACACCAUUGCAGGGGUUGUGACCACCUUCUUCCUCCUGGUUUACGCCACUGUUAACCUGGCCUGCCUGGCACUGGAAUGGGCAUCAGCCCCCAACUUCAGGCCCACUUUCCGGUACUUCACCUGGCAUACUUGCCUGCUGGGCAUCGCAGGCUGCUGCGUCAUGAUGUUCCUCAUCAGCCCUGUGUCAGCCUCAGCGAGCCUGGGCUUCCUGCUCCUCCUCCUCCUCGCCCUCCACUACCUCUCACCCAGCAGCACCUGGGGCUACAUCAGCCAGGCCCUCAUCUUUCAUCAGGUGCGCAAGUACCUGCUGAUGCUGGAUGUGCGGAAGGACCACGUCAAGUUCUGGCGCCCGCAGAUGCUGCUGAUGGUGCAGAACCCGCGAGGCAGCGCCCGCCUCAUCGACUUCGUCAAUGACCUCAAGAAGAGCGGCCUCUACAUCCUGGGACAUGUUGAGCUACAGGACUUGGACACGCUGCCCUCAGACCCGCUGCAGUCCCAGCAGGACUCAUGGCUCAGCCUGGUGGACAAGCUGAAUGUCAAGGCCUUCGUCAGCCUCACCCUUGCGCCCUCAGUCCGGCACGGUGUCCGGCAGCUCCUCUUCACCUCUGGCCUUGGUGGGAUGCGCCCCAACACCCUGGUGCUGGGCUUCUAUGAUGACGAGGCACCGCAGGAUGGUCUAGCCCGGCACCCUGCCUUCACCAGCACCCGCGAGGAGGUUCCCUUGGGCUUCCCCCCGCUGCGGGCACCCACCUCCCCCAAGCUGCUCUCGGCCCGGGAGUACGUGGGCAUUGUGGCUGAUGCCCUGAAGAUGCUUCGCAACGUCCUGCUGGCCCGGCAGCUGGAGAGUCUGGACAAGGCCUGGGAGCUGCGGCGGGCUGCCAGCCCCCCGCCCACCAUCCACGUCUGGCCAGUCAACCUGCUGCGGCCCGACAGCGCCCGCUACGCCGACACCUGCAGCCUGUUCCUGCUGCAGAUGGCCUGUGUCCUCAACAUGGCGCGGGCCUGGCGCCGCGCCCGCCUGCGCCUCUUCCUCUGUGUGGAGGCGGGUACUAUGCCCCAUGCCCAGGAGGAGAAGCUGCGCCAGCUCCUCAAGGACUUGCGCAUCCAGGCCCAGAUCCAGCUGGUGCCCUGGGAUGCCAUCACCCGCCUGCACUGGCAAACCUACCGGGGACCCCCGGGGGGACCAGCAGAGGAGGAGGAGGAAGAAGAGGAAGGGGUUGUGAACUUCCCGACCAACACCACCCAAGUGUCCGAUGAGUACGUGUGUGCAGCCAACAAACUGGUCCUGGAGCAGAGCCCCGCGCCGGCCGUGCGCUUCCUUUACUUGCCACGGCCGCCGGCCGACACCAGCCUCUACCCGCUCUACCUGCACCAGCUGGAGCUGCUCACCCGCGGACUGGGCCCCACCGUGCUGGUGCACGGGGUGAGUGCCGUCACCAGCACCCAGCUCUAGGUCACCCUGCUCCCUGCACCCUCCAUUGCCCAGUGCCUUUUGCAACCUAAGCCUGGGGAUGCCCCCAGCCCUGGUGUCCCCACCCUGGUGGGCAAAGAGGGGUUGGUACCCCACUGUGGGAGAUAGGUAGGGAAGAGGGUUUGCUUUUUUGGGGUUGUCUCCUGCAGAGGAUUAAAGCUGCCCUGGCAGGAUCCAGACACAACCCUGGUGCUGGCCGGGCAGCACGGUGCAUUCA